AUGUUUACAGCAUCAAACAAAAAAACCGUCGUUCAAUAUGAAAACGACUAUAAAAAAGCAUUCCUUAUCUUUUUCAAAUUUCUAACUAGCGAAAAUGGAAUCGAUGAGAAUAAGCGAAAGUUUGUACUCGAUUGUAUUGAGAAAUUUGUGGAUACUGAAGGAUAUGAUUCAACGGAAGGUUUCUUCCUUGAUAUAUUUGAAGAAGUUGGAUUCGAAGCGGUUCAAAAUGAUAAAUUCGGCGCGAAGAGGGAUAAUAAUAUCAUUGAAAAAAAAAAAGGUGGUACGUCCAACCUUGUAACCGAUGACAGCACCGUUUUAGAAUUCCCAAUGAAGAUCGAUCUCCAACAAAUGCACUUGCUUCAAUUCUUUCAACGCGCCUUGGCUCUCAACAUCGCCACCGGAAGUUCAAACAAACGUAUCUUUGGAUUCCAAAUUCCAUUCGUGAACGACCAUGCAUUUUUUGUUAAAACUUUAUACUUGGGUACUAUAAUGGUGCGGUAUAAACGAGAUGGGGAAAGCUGUGUACCCGAGAUUGUUCAAUUGGAUCAAAUCCCAGAUGGAUGGAAAGUUGACGUUUAUAGGAAACCUCUUGAUGGUACCACCAUCUUCGACUUUUACCAACAGGGUCUGAGAAAGAGAAAAUAUUUCAUGGAGAAAAAGACCAAGAAGAGAAUGAUUCCAAUUUUAUUUGGUUCAAAGAAACGUGUUAAUUAA